GUGAGUACAAUGAUCCUACAUCCCUUUUGUUCUUCUGAAAUUGUCUUUAGAAAAGUAUCAACUUAUCAAGUUUUGUAUUGAUAAAAUUUAAGCAAGAUAGCAGGCAUCUUAGAGUCAUCAGCAAAUUAAGGACCAAUAUUGCCCAAACCAACCGUCUGUUCCAGGAAAAGCAACAGCUGUGCUUACUAGAAUAUUAUUAAAUGGCGAAACAAAGUGCAAGGCGCACCCCUGUGAACGACAAUAGCCCGUAGCGAGGAGGGUUGUACUCCCGACUUUUAAACCCUGUAUUGAAGUGUGUACGCAUGCGCUGUGGGGUGGUCGCUGUAGCAUAAUAUCACCGCCAGGCGGCACACUGCACAGUGAACGUAGCUACCAGCCAACGAUGUCCGUACUCACCCGUACGAUAUCGCGUUAUCAAAUUACUACUACGAAUAUAAUUUUACAAGCCUCUAGUAUUCCUGCAAUGUGUGUAUACAGUGUUACGUGAAAAGUUAUUGUAAACAAUCACCAAAAUGCCGCUUUUAAUCGACGCAAAAAAUAGAAAUGUGGCAUCCAAUGGCCCCGCCUCACCAUUAACACUUUUCAAGAACGCUCCGCGCGACGCUAAGAUUCGACCUCUAGUGCCGCUAGUGUUGCCGACGCAGAGCUACGACUCAAACGCCGGCUCUCCGGCUUCGUCACCCUCCACACCCUCAUCGUCUUCUUCAUUCUCCAUUGACAAGACUGAUAACCACGACACCUUUAGUUUCACCGCGGACGCGGUCGAUAUGAGCCGUGAAGACGAACGAAUUAAAACUUUUGAGAAAUGGCCUGUCUCCUUCUUAUCCGGGGAGCAACUCGCCCGAAACGGAUUCUAUUACCUUGGCCGCGGAGAUGAGGUCCGAUGCGCUUUCUGCAAAGUCGAAAUCAUGAGAUGGGUUGAGGGUGACGACCCAGCCAAGGAUCACCAGAGAUGGGCGCCCCAAUGUCCGUUUGUGAGGAAACUGGGCGGCGGUGUCAACACAGACUCCGGAGCUGCCGGCCGCGACGAGUGCGGCGCGCGAGCUGCACCAACCUCCACGCCCUCUCGCAUGCCUGGCCCUGUUCACCCGCGUUAUGCCUCUGAAGCCGCGCGUCUGCGCAGUUUUAAAGACUGGCCACGAUGCAUGCGACAGAAGCCGGAGGAGCUGGCUGAGGCUGGAUUCUUUUACACUGGUCAGGGCGAUAAGACGAAAUGCUUUUAUUGUGAUGGUGGCCUGAAGGAUUGGGAAAACGACGACGUGCCGUGGGAGCAACACGCGCGGUGGUUCGACCGCUGCGCUUACGUGCAACUCGUGAAAGGACGAGAAUACGUUCAAAAAGUGAUGACAGAGGCUUGCGUCAUUCCUGCACCGGCAGCGCCACGCGACGAGGCGCCUGCGCGGCCCGCCGCCGAGCCCAGCGUGGUCUCGGCCGCUGAGCCCCAGGAGAGUACUUUAGACGAUUCAAAACUGUGCAAAAUCUGUUUCGCUGAGGAGCGCAAUGUGUGCUUCGUGCCGUGUGGCCACGUGGUGGCGUGUGCUAAGUGCGCGCUGGCAGCCGACAAGUGCCCGAUGUGCCGCAGGACGUUUCAGAAUGCAGUGCGGUUAUAUUUCUCGUGAGAAGAGCCGCUGAAGGCUCGAUUCUAGUCUUGAGAGACGGUCCGACAGAGCUGAGUGCUAAAACACGCUCUCCUAUGUCACGUUUCCACAGGCGAGAAACCUAUUGAAGCGAAUUGACAAUAUAGUAGGAACUCGCUGGUGUCACUAAAAGCAAUAUCGCUUUUACAGUUUAGGCUGGUCGGGUGUAGUUCUUGGGAGCAUGAUUGAAGAAUAAAGCAUUUUUUAUAAUAAUGAAAUAUAUUAAGGUGGCAAUAGUUUUGAGGUAUAUUUACACUAGUAGUUUCUUGAACACCAUUCCUAUAUCAAAAGACGGGUAAAUAUUUAUUAGAUGCCAAAAUAAAUUAUAAUUCAAUUACUUUAAAAUACCAUUAAAACUUGCAUAGAGAAAUGCAGAAGUUUUGACAUUUAUCAUAUUAUUAUUUGAAAUUUCUAACUACACAUUAUUUGCCUAGAUUUCUGACUGUGGAACCGUGGCCUUACAGGGGCCGCCUCUGUGAUUUAUUAAAUUAAUAGCGGUGGGGCAAGUUUAAAACUCCGCGUUCAGUAAUAAUUUAUAAGACAAUAUAAUUUUUUGAUGUUAAAAUUAUUUUAAAUUAUUUAAUUAAAUGCAGGGAUGUGUACCGUUUGGAAAGAUUAUGUCAAUGUAACACAACAGUGAACCGAAAAUAUGAUGUGUUAAUUAACGUUUCACAUAAGGCUAGUCUGAAAUUAAGUAUUAGAUACAAAUGCAAAAAGUGAUAAUUUGCAAUUUUGAACUCAAUGCUAAAAAUAAAUAAGGUUGAUGUAAGUACUUCCAAAAGCGAGUGUACCCCUGUUGUGACAUAUGUAAAUAAUUUAAUGUAAAUAUUCUAGCUUAUCAUUUUGUCCCACCGACAAAAAUGUACAUAAUGUUAAAAGAAUAGUCAGUGCAAUUAACAAAGAAGACAAAGUUAAAUAAUUAUGCAACUUUGACCUAAAACAAGCAUUUUUGUUUAUUGUGCUGGCCAAAUGUUAAACAGAGUAAUUUUCUUAAUAAUGUAAAUUGAAGUUAGAAAAAUAAAAGUGACAGUUUAAAUUAACGAUGGCAUUUGUACAACUAAGGAAUAUUCUGUUAUUUGUAAAUGCACUGCUUAAAGAGGAAUUAUCAGAAAAAAAAAACAAGAAAUUGUUCGAUUCCUGUUUAUGUUAAUGCAUCUUCACGGAUAUUUUCUAUUUCAUAUCAGCAUCGUAAAAGUCAUUCUAAUGUUUUGACAUACAAUAUAAAUAAUGAGUAAAAGAUUCUUAAGUCGCAUUAAAUUUGUUUUUCAUAUAUAAUUACUAUUUCAUUAUUAAUAAAAAAUUGUUAAAUCA